GUGACCAAAUCCAGGAAGUAAACGUGGAUUAGAAUAGGUAACCGUUUAACUUCACACACUAAACAAGAAUUACAUUUAAUACCACGUCGACUGUGUCUAAUGAAUAUUAUGCAUGAGGAAUAAUAAUAUCUGAUAAAACAUUUAAGGUGAAUUAUGCUUACUUUAGCAAGAUAGCUAACUUGGUCGCUGGUCAGCAGCACAGUCUAGUGUAGCCUAGUUUAAAUGAUUGGGGCUAAAAGGCAUUAGCAUUAAGCUGACGUUACUUGGGCUAGCCUGUUACUGUUUCGGUUAUAUUAUAUCAGUGUCUCAUUGUCGUUAGCUAGGCCGACUUGGCUUUUUCCGCGAAGGAAAUGGUGUCACUCAUUUGCACCCUGCAAGACCAUCGAGACGAUGUCAACUGGUGCGCCUUCUCCGCGUCUCACCUAGCCACUUGCUCAGGCGACAAAACGGUCCGAAUAUACUCCACCCAAGACUUCUCAGAACUGUCAUUUUCCCCGCUGACGGGUCACGGCUACGGUGUCCACUGCUGCCGGUUCAGUGCGUGCGGUCAAUUCCUUGCUUCGUGUUCAACGGACGCAACGACGGUGGUAUGGUCAACGACGACGGGUGAAAUUGAGGCCGUGCUGGAGCAUCCGGGUCGUAGUCCCGUGAGGGUGUGCGCCUUUUCCCCCGACUCUACCCACUUGGUGUCCGGUGCCUCUGACGGUAGCUUGGCUCUCUGGGACUUCACUACUAAAACACUCAGCGGGACGGCAGCUGUGAGUGACACCACCAUGGUGGCCUGCUCCUUCAGUCCCUGUGGCCAGCUGUUUGUGACGGGCUCCACCUACGGGGAGCUGCGGCUGUGGGAUGUGAAGCUGACCCAGCUUCACGCAGAGAAGAAUGCUCACGACCUGGGGGUGACCUGCUGCUGCUUCUCUCCCAGCAUGCUCAGCGACUCCAGGGGGAUGCAGGUCUAUCUAGCCUCGUGUGGGCAGGACAGCCUGCUGAAGAUCUGGCUCGUCUCCAAGUCCAGCUCAGCAGGCUGUAAGGUGCAGCUGCAGUACUGUCUAACAGGCCAGUCCGCCCCGGUCCUCUCCUGCUCCUACUCUGCUGACGGCCAGCUGCUGGUGUCUGGCUCUGUGGACAAAACCGUCACAGUUUACGAUGCCAACCGUGGAGUCCUUCUCUAUACUCUGAACCAGCAUGACAGGUACGUGACAGCGUGUUCCUGCUCCCCUGUGCUCCCGCUCAUCGCCUCAGGCUCCAUGGACAAGACUGUGAACAUCUGGAGGCUGGAGGACGGGCACAGCCGGCACGAGGAAUCUUCAGCAUCUUCGAGCGAAGGGAGGACAUUGGCCGGUCACUCCAAGCUGCUGGUCAGUGAUUGGUCAGAGGAGGAGGUAGCAAGCUGGUUGGUGGAGGAGGGGCUGGAAGGGCUGGUGGAGGUCUUCAGAGCCAAUAACAUCGAAGGGGCGGAGCUUCUCAGUCUGACCAGGGACACCCUGGCCUCUGAGCUACAUAUAGAGUCGAUGGGCUUGCGUAGUAAGGUUCUGAGGAAGAUCGAGGAGCUGAAGAGCGCGUGCGUGUGCACCGGUGUUCCUGACGAGUUCCUCUGUCCAAUCACACGAGAGCUGAUGAGGGACCCCGUCAUCGCUGCAGACGGUUACUCGUACGAAAGAGAGGCGAUGGAGAGCUGGAUCAGCACUAAGAAUCGGACCAGCCCCAUGACCAACCUGCCCUUACAGACUACUCUGCUGACGCCCAAUAGAACGCUCAAGAUGGCUAUUGGUCGCUGGCAGACCAGCCAAUGAGAGGAGGACUCGCCGCGUGGGAUCCACUCUUCUUCCAGACUAUCCUUCUGUUCCUCCAGUCAGACCGCAAGCUUCGCUUGGAGCACGAACUGUGAAAUGUUGAAGUCUUUCAGGUGUAUUGAGCUUAGUACAAUCUGUCACUGCCUGCAAUAUCUCUCCAUGAUUUAUAUAUAUUUUUAUGUUCUGUAAGAAGUGAAGGCUACACUGCUUACACUGAUUUUAAUUACAUAACAAUUCCCAUGUACCUGCAAUGUUACAGUAGGUGUUGUUGUGUAGUUUAUGUAACCAAAAGUUUUGAAAUGAUUGAAAUAGUCAUUUGAGACCCUAACACACUGUCUAGACAACAUAGUUUGAGGAGAACAAACUUUUGAGAUUCUCACGUUGGUCCAUACACAUUUUCAUGCGGGCUAUUUUGAAAUGCUCUUGAAAUUGUAGCAGUACUUACAGUAGAUACUCAGAUGGAAGGAUUAUCAAAGGAAGGAGAGCUUGUUUCAUUUGACUUUAUUGUUUCAUAAUGGUAAUUGCUAGUAGUAGUAGUUUAGCAUACAAUAGUACAUUGUAAUAAAUCAAGCAUGGUAACAAAGUACAUGUAAACUUCUUAACUUCAGAUACAAGCAGUUAUGUACCUUCUCCAGCCUUACUGUACACUCGUGUCAUGUGUCCACAAACUUCUCAACAAGUCUUUCAACUGUGCAAAAAUAAAUAUAUAUUAUAUAUUGCUCUUAUAGUUUCCAAGCUAUCGGUGCAAUGA